UCAAUGGCCUUACUAACCAUAAAAGCGAUUCAGGAACUAAGUACUCUAAUGAUAUUUGUAACUAAUUCGUUUAUUCUAGACAAUGUCGGCACUGGGGCUGCUAUUGCUUGUCGGCGCCCAGGGCACAACCAUAAUCAGCAUUAAGUAUCCGCCACAGAGCGCCGACGCCAAGUCUCUAGAUCGCACACACCAGGCAAAGAGAGAUCUAAGUUUAAGCUAUGCAGCCACAAAUAUUGAUUCAAGGGAAGGCACACGCGUCAAAACGAUCACAGUAAUCAAGAAUGUGGGCGGCCUUGGAGAGUCGAGUGCGGCGAGCAGUAGGCAACAGAAGCUCGCCAUCAAUCCCGAGCUGCACAAGAACGAAGAGUGGGCGAAUGCCUUUCGCGAUAACUUCGAAUCGUAUGGUGGAUUGCCCGAAGUGCCAGACAUAGACGAUCUAUUUGACUUCGUUAAUAAGAAGGUUACGGCGCCUCCCGAAAAAGAGAUAAAGAGAGAGCCGAAGCCUACAGAAAGCACGACAAAGGCCACGCCACCAACACCGCCACCGCCUCCACCACCAACAAAAGCAACCAGCGAGCAUGCUGAGGAUGCGGAUGACAGUGACGAGGCGACCGUGGAGAAGAUCAAAGGCGAUGCCGAGCUGCUACCACAUAUCAAACAGGCGAAUAUAUUGCGACUGCAAGCGUUGGAUCAGCAGCCAGACCAGCGACAUCGCACACGCGAAUCUCUGAUCAAUGUAAACUACUCGACGCCCAUGCAUUCGGUUAGCCAGUUUUUUGAGAACUAUGUCCAGGUGCUGCCCAACGGUUAUGACUACACCAAGCCGCAGCAGCCACAGCAACCGCAACAGCCAUGCGCUCUGCCAUCACCUCCAAACAGCAUACAGGUGACAACGCCAUCGGGACGCAGCUACAAUAUACCGCAGAGCAAUAGUAGUGGCACCAACGGAGGUGCAAAUCAUCCCUACCUGGCACCAUCUUUAGCCAAGAGAACGCAGAUACAGCCAGCAGCGCCAGCUCAACUACAGCCGCAGCCACAGCAGCCGCCGAAUUUCUCCACGGUUAAUUCACUUGUGCCGCCUAUUGGGCCGAAGCCGCAGGGCACUAAUUAUCCAGUAAAUGUGCCGCAGCCGCAACAGCCAGCGGCACCGACUCAAGGUGUAGGUGCAGUUGGAGCUUCCACUAGCCAGCGCCCCUACGUCGCGCCCAGUCUACGCAACAAUGGUCUGGGCAUAAAUCGGGGCCCCUCAACACCGCAACCGCCGGCUGUGCCAUCGUACAGCACAGGCAAUGUGAAUGGUGGCUACCCUACCAAUUCAUAUGGCGCCAAUCGUCCGAAUACAUUUCGAUCGCGUGGCUUAAAAUAUUAAAAUACUGUGUAAUCUUAUAACUAAUAGAUAUUUUAAGACAUAUGUUGUGUUUAUGCAUUUAUAUGUAUGAAACGUAUUCCUAAAUAUACCACACACACUCACAUAGAGUCACAUACAGACACAUACGUAACACACAUGUCCGAAGGUACAGGCUGGAUUAAUCAAUAGCGCUGCCAAAGUGAUCCACUUAAUUGCAAUCAAUAUGAAACGCGAUGAUAAGCACUUUGUAUAGCUGGGCCAAGCUGUUAAUUAACUAUGAUUCCAAUACUGAAAAGUUUCUUGGAGUCGUUGUUAUUGGUUGCUGGCGCUGAUUUCUACGAAAUGUGUUUUUGUCGUUGCACUAUGUAGCACACACAUUUUUGCAUAUGUAUGCGUGCAUGUCUGUACUUUUAUCAAUGAACUUUUACUCACCAAUGGAAAACCUUAAAAACGCAACGCAAACUUAUUGAGGACCAAUGCACAAAGACAGAAGAGCUCGGGGGUUUUGUUUAGCUCAAACGCUAUAUUUAUUUUGUCAAUUUCUAUUGUUUAUCAAUAUGAAAAUGUGAAUUUUCUCGCAGCAACACAGCCUAGGUGACUUCAAUUGUAGUAGUAACAAAAA